AUGGCAGAUAAUACGGUUACAAAAAAGCCAAAAGUUUCACCUCCUUUGAUUGGGACACACAACGGCCAUUUUCAUGCUGACGAGGCCCUUGCCGUCUACUUACUCCGACUCCUUCCUUCAUUCUCAUCCUCUCCCCUGGUUCGCACAAGAGAUCCUGCAGUUCUUGCAACAUGUCAUACUGUUGUCGAUGUAGGCGGCGAAUAUGAUCCUCUGUCAAAUCGCUUUGAUCAUCACCAGCGGACCUUCUCAACGACAUUCCCCAAACAUAAUACCAGACUCUCAUCUGCGGGAUUAGUAUACAUGCAUUUUGGGCGAAGCAUUAUUGCCCAUCAUACAUCCUUGCCGCCGGACCAUCCUGACGUAACCCUGUUGUAUGAAAAGCUGUAUACGGACUUCAUCGAAGCCAUUGAUGCUAACGACAACGGAAUAUCCGCCUAUGAUCCUGCAGCCUUAGCGGCAGCGAAUGUUGAAAGGCGCUUCAAAGAUUUUGGUGUUACACUUGCCUCGUUGGUAGGAGACCUUAACCACCCGGACCCUACCGCGGCUCCUGGGGAGCCACAAGACGAAGACAGUCUCUUUGCAAAAGCAAGCAAACUCAUGGGAGAUGUCUUUAUGCGCAAACUUUACAGUGCGAGCGCAUCCUGGCUGCCUGCCCGAUCUACUGUGGCGUCCGCCUACAAUUCCCGUCGGACUGACGUCCACUCGUCCGGUCGAAUCAUUAUACUCCCCCAGAGCGGUAUUCCCUGGAAGGAACACUUGUACAAUCUUGAAAAACAGGCAUCCGGCGACGGGGUUGUUGACCCUGCAAGUGAAGUCUACUACGUCCUUUAUCCGGAGGGCGCUACUGAGGGAUCCAAGUGGCGUGUGCAAUGCGUUCCGGUGUCUGAAGCCAGUUUCGAGUCCCGAAAGCCUCUGCCAGUGAGUUGGCGUGGUGUCCGUGAUGAAAACCUAGACAACGUCAUGAAUGAAGAGGCUGAGAAGACGGGCAAGGCGAAGAUUCCGGAAGGUGCAGUUUUCGUACACGCAAGUGGGUUCAUUGGUGGCCACAAGACAAAGGAGGGUGCAUUGGCCAUGGCCCUUAGGGGCUUGGAGGAAUCAUGA